GAAAAUUCUCUCUGACCUCCAUUGCUAUCAUUCCAGUCAUUUAUGAUUUUAUUUAUCUGUUUUUAGAUAUAUCUAUAUGAUAAAUAUAUGAUUUAUGCCUUCAGUUAUCAUUGUCCCUUUACGUUACCUGCCUAAAAUGUGUAUUAUGUAUUGUAAAUGUGUUUACUGCCACAGAUCCUCAAACACACAAAAAUUUCAUGUGUUUUUACACUUUCCAUUCACAGUUUUGAUCUCGAGUCAUUUGUGAAAUCUUUGGCUGUAAUCCACGAAAUUGAGGAGAUAAACGCAGCUCGCUUCCUCCCAGGAGUGCGACUUGGGUAUAUGAUGUGUGACACAUGCUCAUAUGCGAGUAAAGCAUUGCAGAAUGUGGGGCACAUGCUCGCAGUUAACAUGUCUCUAAAUGUUAAGUGUGACUACACUGACUUCAGGCCCAGAGUCAAGAUCAUUGUAGGAGCAUUGUACUCUGAGGUUUCUAUCGCUGUGGCCAGACUGCUGAACGUGUACAUGGUUACUCUGCUGAGUGGCACAUCGUCCUCACCAGAACUGAGUGAUAAAACACGCUUCCCGGUUUUUAUGCGCACUAUCCCAAGCGAUAAACAUCAGACCAAAGCAGUGGCCAGAUUCAUGCAUCAUUUUGACUGGAACUGGGUCGGUGUUGUGUAUGGGGACGACGACUACGGCAGAGCGGCUUUCCAGAGCUUCCUCAGGGAUGCUGACGUAAAUAGUGUGUGCUUGGCCUACCAGGAGGUGGUGCCUCAUUACCUUGAUCAUGCACACAGCAUGCAACGUAUAAAGGAAGUCGCACAGCGGAUCCGCUCCUCCGAUGCUCAGGUGGUACUACUAAUCCUCAAGGCAGACCUGGUGAAGGCCCUUUUUAAGGAAAUGAUCAGGACCAAAACAUCGAGGACAUGGAUUGCAAGUGAUAGCUGGUCCAGGAACUGGUUUCUUGCCCAAAUGGAUGGUAUUAAUGAGGUUGGGGACAUCUUGGGCUUUACUUUUAUUGCAGGCAAAAGUGAAUCAUUUGAUAAUUAUCUUAAGAAUCUUACAGCAACCCCAGGGGGAUACAACCACUUUAUUGAAGAAUACAAGAACCUGAGAUUCAACUGCACCCCAGAAUGUUUUUCAGACAAGCCACCAUCCUAUUGUCCUGAAGCUAACAUCCUAAAAAUGAAAUCUGAGAAUGCAUGCAAUAUCAAGGAUCCCCAAGAACAAAAUGAUGACUAUCUCGUAACAGCUCUGGAUACAAAUGAAACCCUGUCUAUCAAAAUAGCUGUGUGGGCCAUAGCAAAUGCUCUGAAAAACCUGCUCAAGUGCGACAAUUCCUCUUGCCUGGGAGAAAUUAACUUCCCACCAUGGAAGCUUCUCAAAGAACUGAAAAAGGUUAAGUUCAAGCUUGACGACCAAACUUUCUUCUUUGAUGACCAUGGUGAUUUUGUGAGCGGCUAUGAUCUGAUCAUGUGGGAAAAGGAUGGACAGCACAGAAGAUUUCAAAGGAUUGGGAAAUACCAUAUAUCUGAUGAACAAAUAAAACUUGAUGUGAUGAAUAUCACCUGGCUUUCAACAACCAAUGCCACAAUCCCUCAGUCAAGAUGCUCAGCACACUGCCCCCCUGGAAAAAUGAAGAAGAUCUUGAACGUAUCCUGCUGUUACAGCUGCAUCCAAUGUACAGAGGGGAACUACUCAGAUGCCUGGGAUCUUCAUGACUGCAAAAUGUGUCCCAAUGGAACUUGGUCUGGUAAGGGUUGGAGUCAGUGUAAACCAAGAGAGCUGUCCUACCUGAAAUGGAGCGAUCCUCAUCCUAUCACUAUGAUGUCAGCUGCAGCCUUUGGUGUCUUGCUCUUGUUGGCUAUCUUCGUUAUCUUUAUGGUGUACAGAAAUUCCCCACCUAUGAAAAGAGCUGAGGUGAGAUUGUCCUGCGUUAUGAUGCUUGGUCUUGCAGUGAGCUUUGCAAGUGUGAUAUGCUUCAUGGGCGAGCCCAGUGUACACCUCUGCCGGGCCCGCCAGCUAAUGUAUGCAAUGGGCUUCACUCUUUGUGUAUCCUGCAUCCUAGUCAAAGCCUAUCGUACCUUCCUGGCUUUCCUUCCCUUUGGUCGGAUAACAAACAGGCGACUACACAAACUUUACAAGCCACCUGUUAUAAUCUUUCUCAUAACUAUUCUCCAGGGGAUCAUCUGUCUUCUCUGGAUGAUAUUUGAUUCUCCUCAUAUUGAUCGCACACCUCCACCCCCAGAAAGCAUGAAGAAAGUAAUGCAGUGUAGUGAAGGCACCACAUUCAUAGGUUUUGGCAUUAUGUUGGCCUAUAUCGGCCUGCUUGCAUUGGUUGGCUUUCUCUUGGCCUUCAAAGGCAGGAAGGUUCCUCAGGAGUUCAGUGAAACAGGCUACAUCAUUUUUAGCAUGCUGAUGUACUUGUUUGUAUGGGCAUGUUUUGUUCCAGUCUAUAUCAUCAAUCGUGAAAAUGCUACUACUGUGCAAGCUUCAGCCAUUUUAGUAUCCAGCUAUGGCGUCAUCUUCUGCCAUUUUUUACCCAAGUGCUACGAAGCAAUUUGGGAGUCAAAGACAGACACACUAGAGAGUAUUCUGAGGAGAUUGCGAGCCCGAACAAAUCCAGAUUUUGAUUCAGAGAUAGAGGUAGGUAUAAAUACCCCUGGAAUGAGCACACUCUCAGAAUCAAGUGGCAGGAUUUCUACAUCAAGUACAACAACUAUAUUGAGGAGCUCAGGGACACUGAGCAAGGUCAGCCUAACUGAUUCAGGGGUGGUCAUAAUGCCUAUGUCCAGUGAAAAGAUUCAUGUCUCUCCUCUGUUUAACACUCUGGGAACAAAAAUGACAAAGAGAUGUAGGAGUAUAUCUUUAUAAAACCUGGAAAAAAAUAUGUGUACUGAGAUUUUAUUAUACCCGUUUGCUCUUUUAACUCUUUUAAAAACUUUUAUGAGAUCUUUUGUGUUCAAAAUGUAAAGUUAAAAUAUGCUUUCUGCUGAAAACGCUAUUCUGUUGUAAAUUCUUUCAUAUAGAAAGAUGGCUGUAUACAAUUACAAGUUGUAUUAAAACAAAAAUGCUCAUUACAUGUUGUCUUGUUGUAAUUAGCUUACAUCACGUGCACAAUUUUUUAUGAAUCAUAAUCCAAAAU